AUGAAUGCUGUAGAAGCAAAGUGGACUAUCGAAAAGAGAUUUAGGGUUAUUGAGGUCUUUUUGGCUGUUCUGUGUUUCUCAUCCGCUUAUCUUGCCUUCUUCUUUACGGACUGCUUAAUGUCUAGAUGGUUACUCAACUACACUCCUCAAGCAACGAUUGUCCGUCUGCUCACCAUCAACUUGAUAAAUGCAUACACCACAUCGUGGAUCCUAUAUCUAUCAGGGGGUUCAGGAGAUCCACGCUUACUUCUUCCUGCUUGGAUUUGUAUAGCUAGUACACUAACAUUUCUCUACCACUUGACUCAUCCACGACUUGCGAUACGGAAGGAGACGUCCUUAUCAAUUUCCGUCUUUUCAAUUGCAAGUUUCAUUAGCAUGGUCAGUUUAUUGUCUCAGUUGUACCUUUCAAGGACAGACCUUCCGCCGCUACCCUUGAUUCUGCACAUGGAAGAGAUCUGGGGAUAUGUCAAGAUAGGGUUGAAUUUGAUAGUAUAG